CUCUCAAGCAAUGUCCGACGACCCCUCCACUUCCUCCACCCUAGAAGAUGAUCAAGAAACCAUCAAUUCCACCACCACCACCACCAUCACCCCAACCCCAACAACUACCGCUUCAGUCUCAGCCUCAGCUUCAUCACAUAACUCAUCCCUCUCCAAAUCCCAAUCAGCAAUCCAAUCCCUCUCAACCAUUCUCCCCUCCCUCCCUCCUUCCCUCUUCUCCUCCUCCAACCCUGCCCGCUCCCUCCUCCAUGACGACCACACAGCCUCCCACAUCUCCUCCCUUCUCCGCCAACCAGACUCCGGUGCAGGCGACAACAACCUCUGCCGCUGGCUCUACGACACCUUCCAAUCCUCCGAUCCCGACCUACAACUCCUCGUCCUUCGCUUCCUUCCCAUCAUCGCGGGCAUCUACAUCUCCCAUGUUGCCCUCCGUGUACCCCUAGCCGGCUUUGAGGCCGUCCUCUUAGCCAUCUACGCCCACGAAACCACAACACGUUCUGGCCACUCCAUAACCGUCAGUGUCCCCGACUUGUCUCAUCCCAGUCUCUGCCAUGAAACCAAUGCACCCACUAAAAACAACUCCACAGGCCUAAACUUGGCCGUCAUAUCUCCAAGUUUGGAACCCUACGGUACAGUGAGGUCCACAAGGAGGGCUAGGAUUGUUGGGGUUGCACUGGAGUUGUACUACAGCAAGAUACAAGAAAUGCCAGUGCAGUCGAAGAUCGAAUUUUGCGAGUUUAGUAGGAUUUGGGCUGGCCAAGACGGUGAAAUGUACAAGGAGAUGACUGGUAGUAGCUGUAGCAGUAGGAGUGAACGCAAAGAAGAGGAUGGAAAUGGAGAAAAGGAGGGGAGGAUUCCUCUGCCAUGGGAAUUGAUGCAACCGAUUUUGAGGAUAUUGGGUCACUGCCUUUUGUGUCCAAACCAAAACAAGGAGUUGGUUGAUAAGGGCAGUGAGGCUUGUAGGAGUUUGUAUGCCAGGUCUAUGCAUGAUAUCAAUCCCAACGCUAUUUUGGCCACUGGGAGUCUUCUUAGGCUAACCAAGCAAGCAUUGGAGUCCAAGGAUGAUUUUGAUCCAACUGAGAUUCCUAAAUCUCGAGUUAUUAGUAUCUAGGUUCUCAUUCUCCUGAUAAUCAACAAAUUAUAAGUUUAGUUAAUUUCUAAAACUUUAUUCUAAGACAAUAUCAAAUCUCAAGUUUAUUUCCCCCAUCCAAAUG